UCACGCAUCUAAUGAUUGCUGUUCAUUGCCUAACGGACAUUUGAACGUGUUUUGCUAUAGUGAUUUUUGUGUUUUUAAUACUGAAACUGUUUGAACUACUCUUUAUUUGACGGGAAAUGUUAUAGUGAAGUGCUUUUUGGUGACACUAUUAAUUGAUAUUAUUGUACAAAAUGAUGAUGGAUCAGGCCCAUUUCAGUGAAUAUCUGCUGAGGCAGCAAAUGCUGCACGCUGCUUCGUUGAGUGGUUUGCAGCAUAGAAUAGGCGCGGACGCAGAGCCGCCCGCGUGCGAUGCGCGCUUGCUCAACGGUGAACUUUGGAGGAGGUUUCAUGACAUUGGAACCGAAAUGAUCAUAACUAAGGGUGGACGACGCAUGUUCCCAUCCCUCCGCGUGGCCCUCAACGGCCUGGACCCCCGGGAGGAGUACUGCGUGCUCCUAGAGCUGUCCCUCGUGGGUCGCCGCCGCUGGCGCUGGGCGGGCGGCGCGUGGGCGGCGGCUGGCGGUGCUGAACCCCAGUCCCCAAGGCGCCUGAUGCUGCACCCUGACUCCCCAGCCCCAGGACAUCAUUGGACAGCCAACCCCAUAUCCUUCAGCAAACUUAAGCUGACGAAUAAUACCAUGGACGCACAGGGACAUAUGGUCCUAACAUCGAUGCACAAAUACCGGCCACGUGUGCUGGUAGUGCGCGCGCGCGACGCCGCCGCGCUGGCGUGGGGCGCGCCUCACGCUUCCUUCUCCUUCCCGGAGACUGAGUUCAUUGCUGUUACUGCUUAUCAGAACGACCGGAUCACGAAAUUGAAGAUCGACAACAACCCAUUCGCAAAAGGUUUCCGUGCUUGCGGCCAAUCAAAAUGUAAGAGAAAAAACGCGGACAGUGAUCCCAGUAAUUCGGACACGGCAACCGAGUCUCCGGAGCCAAAGCGCGCAUGUUCAGAUGCCGCGUCUUCUUGCUCAGAAGAAGGAAGCUUGCGUUCUUCGUCGCCUCGGUCUCCGCCAUUAGUUGAAUCGCCAGCCCCACUUAUCCGACAAACAACGCGCGAUAGCACCAGCCCGCCAGCUUUCUACCCUCCUGAACUUCCAUACAUGCAUCCAUUACAUAUGCCAAUGCCGUUGGGCAUUUGGCCCAAUGCGUCCAAUCCCUUCAUGGCAUCUUGGAGUCCAGCCCUUCCCGCCCCAGUACCAAGAAUACCUUCCCCCCCUACAGCCCCAGCGCCAUGUCGUAGAGUUAAAAGCUUCACUAUAAGCGCACUUCUUGGUGAAGGUUGAUAAACUUGUUAGAAAUAAAGCGGGAACAACUAGCAAUUUUAAUAAAUAAAUAAAAGUAUGAUAUUUUUGCUAAAUACUUAUUUGUUGUUAAUGAUAGUUUCCUAUUUUGAUAUUAAUGAUAACAUUGUAAGAGCAUAACUUAAUAAAUAGGUUAUUUCCUAUAUUAUAUUGUCAUUUUUGUUAUCACUGUUAAACUACCUCGUAAUUUAAUAAAUUUAUGCUUUGUGAUAGCUGUGCCUUUAUGUAUGUAAAUAGUUAAGAAAUUAGCGUAGGUAUUUAUAGUUAUUAUAUCUACUGCCUUAUUAAAAUGUCGGAUGUCUAAAGAACCUACCUAUUAUGUUUCUAAGCAUGUAUACUACGUAAAUAAGCACUGUUUGUAAAUACUGUAAAUAGAAAUAAAUGAAUAUGUGUAGGUAAGUAAACGGUAAAUAUAUAUGUUAUUCUAUAUAA